AUGUCUUCACCUGAAGUUGUCGACGGAAAACAUCCUGCGCAAGGCACAGAGCACAUGGGCAACGAAGAGAAAGCUGCGGCAAAGCCUGCGACGCCCGCGCCUCCCAACGGGGGCCUGCAGGCGUGGAUGACCGUCGGCGCCGUCUGGCUGGCCGCUUUCGCGUCCCUCGGGCUAGCACAGUCGUGGGGCGUGUUCCAAGAGGCCUUCCUCAGCGACCCCAGCGCACAGCAGUACCACGGCCUCACCUCCUUGCGCCUUGGAUUUCUGGGCGGCUGUUCAGUCGGCUUUGCGUUCAUCUGUGGCCCAUUUGGAAACAUGCUGAUCGGGGCGAUGGGCGUCCGGAAGUGCAUUGGCCUGGGGUUCUUUCUGAUGGUUUUCAGCCUGAUGAUGGCGUCCAUAGGUCGUCAUUUCUGGAACCUCCUCCUGUCGCAGGGCAUUCUCUUCGGUAUCGGUGCCUCGAUCACAUACAUACCCGCCAUCGGCCUACCCGCUCAAUGGUUCACGACGAAGCGGGGCAUAGCUACGGGGAUUGCCGCCACCGGAUCGCCUUUUGGCGCCAUCGCAUUCGCACCUGCCAUCCGUGCCCUCACCGCCAAUCAGGGCAUCCCAUGGGCUACACGUAUCAUUGGCUUUAUCAUCCUGGCCUGUGGUGUCUUGUCUCUCGCGCUGAUCCAGACGCCGAGUCACGCUGGGCAGCAGAAGAAACACGUCACCGCAUACAAUCCCUUCGACUUUGCACUGCUCAAAGAUCUCAACUUCAACCUCUAUCUACUGUUCUUUCUGCUGGGCGCCGUCGGCUAUACGCUGCCGCUCUUUGUUAUCCCAGCUUUCUGUGAAUCGAUUGGCAUCUCGCGCGCAAACGCAGCCGGAGUCAUUUCGGUCCUCAGCGCGCUCAACGUCGUCAGCAGAGUUCUCACGGGCUUCUUGGGCGACAAAUUCGGCUACAUCAACCUGAUUUGCACCUUUCAGUUCCUUCAGGGACUCGUGUGCGUUGUAUGCUGGAUCUUUGCCGACUCGCUGGCCACGAUGAUGGGUUUCGCCGUCCUCUUUGGCUUCUUUGCAGGAGCAUACUGGUCACUGGCCGUGCCUGUAUGCAUGCGCAUCGUUGGACUGCACAAGCUGGGCUCGGCGUUGGCCAUACAGUUCUUGAUGGCGGUCUUACCGCCCAUUUUUAUCUUGCCAAUCGCCGACGCCAUCCGAACAGACACGAUCCGCUCCCUCGACCUGGCCGACGGUCAGAAUCGUCGCUCCUGGAUCUACGUGAUCGUCUUUUCCGGUCUUUGCAGCAUGCUGGCCAGCCUUUUACUUGUGCCUGUCAGACUUCGCAUCCAGCGUAGCCUGCUGAAAGCUACAUGA